AUGCGAGAUUCUCCUCGUAAAUUUUCUUUGUUAGCUGCUGCUGCCAUUUUUGUGCUCCUCCAAUUUCUGCCAUCCUCAACCGCCCAGCUAUCUCCAAGAGAAACGAGAAUCUUAUUCCAAGCCCGCCAGCUUCUGGAAUUCCCACCCUCGCUCCAAACCUGGAACAACUGGACCAACUUCUGCUUUCUGUCCCAAACUCCUUCCCUCACCAUCGUCUGCACCGACAACCACGUCACCGAACUAACCAUCGUCGGCAACCGGACUUCACCGUCCCGAAUCCCAAACCACUCUUUGUCCAACUUUUCCGUCCCCGGCGGACCUCUCUCCAAAAAUUUCUCGAUCGACUCCUUCUUCACCAUCCUUACCAAGCUCUCGAGUCUGCAGAAGCUGUCACUGGUCUCGCUCGGGCUGUGGGGCCCGCUGCCUCCCAAGGUUAACCGCUUCAGAUCCCUCCAGCUCCUCAACCUCAGCGCCAACUUCCUGCUCGGAGAAAUUCCCCAGUCGGUCGCCACCUACCGGAGCCUCAAGACCCUCGCUCUCACCGACAACCUGCUCAACGGCACCGUGCCGGAUCUGCCGCUCCUGGAGGAGCUCGAUCUCAGCAGAAAUUCUCUAGGCCCUAAAUUUCCGUCUCUAGGGACCAAUCUCGUUCACCUCUCGCUCGCGAAUAACUCGUUCAGAUCCGAAAUCCCGCAGACUUUGGAAAAAAUGAGACAGCUCAGAGCACUGGACUUGUCGUCCAAUAAGCUCCUGGGCCCCAUCCCGUCGUUCCUGUUCUCUCUGCCCGCGCUCAAGCGGGUUAACCUCGCCAGGAACCAGCUGAGCGGCGCGUUCGCGCCCAACGCGACGUGUAGCCGGAAUCUGACUUGGGUGGACGUGUCGAGCAAUCUCCUGAUCGGGAGACUGCCGUCCUGCCUCAAUUCGAAUAGAGCGGUUAGUGUUGUCGUUGCGUGGAACUGUUUUUCGAACACGAGCUCCAAGUAUCAGAGGCCGUCCUCAUUCUGUCAGAAGGAGGCGCUGGCGGUGAAGCCUCCGGAGAGGAGGCCGGCGGGGGAGGAGCCGACCCUGAGGCUCGGGAUUGUGCUCGGGAUAAUUGGGGCGAUUAUAGCGGUGCUGGGAGUGGUGGGGUUGCUGGCCGUGGUGGUUUUCAGGUGGGUGAGGAGGAGAAGGAAAGCGGGUGAGUAUAAGUGUGAGAGCUUUGUCAUUGACAAGAAUCCCCUGGGUACUUCUCCAUUAACAAGGCAUGUGCCGGGGCAGAUGAGAAUGACGUCGCUUGGGCUGCCACCGUAUCACGUUUUCACGCUUGAGGAAAUGGAAGAUGCAACCAAGAAUUUCAACCCCUCUAAUCUAGUAAGAGAAGGAUCACAGGGUCAGCUCUACAAGGGAUGGCUUAGAGAUGGGUCUGUGGUCCUAAUUAAAUGCCUGAAACUGAAACAUAAGCAUUCAUCUCAAGCCCUGCAGCAACACAUGGACAUUAUAUCCCGGCUCAGGCAUCGGCAUUUGGUCAGUGUCUUAGGCCACUGUAUUGUGACAUACCAGGACCAUCCUAACACAGCUAGCACUGUCUUUAUUGUGCUCGAAAAUAUUUCCAAUGGCUCUUUGAGCGACCACCUUACCGAUUGGAGGAAAAGGGAGGUCUUGAAAUGGCCGCAGAGAAUGGGAGUAAGUAUGGGCAUUGCCAGGGGCAUUCAAUACUUGCAUAAUGGAGGGAUUCUUGGAAAUGACUUGAGAAUCGACAACAUUUUACUGGAUGAGAGUCUCGCGGCAAAAAUUAGCAGCUAUAACAUUAACUUGCCGUCUAAGGUGGGGGUUGAAAGCCCACUUAAUGGACAGGGUACCCCAAAUCACUCAAGCAGUGAAAACCCAGAAAAGGAAGACAUUUAUAAGCUGGGAGUUAUCCUACUCGAGGUUAUGAUCGGUAGACCUACAAACUCUCAGAGCGAACUAGAGGACCUCAAAUUUCAGCUGGAUAAGAGCUUAGCAGAAUCACCAUCAAGACUACGGGACUUGAUUGAUCCCUCCAUGAGAGGGACAUUUUCUUACGAGUCUCUAAAGACGGUAGUUCAAAUAACUGUAAAUUGCCUCUGCAAGGAUCCUAUUGGUCGGCCGACCAUAGAGGAUGUGCUUUGGCAUAUGCAGUACUCAGUUCAAGUUCAAGAAGGGUGGACGACUAGUGGGAACCUGAGUGGAAAUCUUAGUGGGAACCUUAGUAACAAGUUUUGA